AUGGCGAAAGUGGAAACCUACACACACCUCAUGGAGAAAGAAGAAGGGAAAAAUCAAACAUCUGUCACAGAAUUCGUCCUGAUGGGAUUUGGGAAUCAUCCUGAACUGCAAAUUCUUUUCUUCCUGCUGUUUCUAGUGAUCUACAUAGUCAUCACGGCUGCAAACACUCUCAUCGUAGUACUAGUUGUGACUGAUUGGCACCUUCACGCCCCCAUGUACUUCUUCCUCAGAAAUUUGUCCUGCUUGGAGAUCUGUUGCAACUCAACCAUCCUUCCCAGGAUGCUGGCCAGUUUCCUGACUGGGGACAGGACCAUUUCGGUUACAGGCUGCAUUGUGCAGUUUUAUUUGUUUGGUUUCCUAGUGACCACUGAGUGUUAUCUGCUAGCUGUGAUGUCUUAUGAUCGAUACUUAGCGAUAUGUAAACCCCUUCACUAUGUCACCCGUAUAAAUGGUAUCUACAUAGUCACCAUGGCUGCGAACAUGCUCAUUGUAGCACUAGUUGUGGCUGAUCAACACCUUCACACUCCCAUAUAUGUCAUAUGGAGAGAGCAGAAAGAGGAAACCGACGUACGUCUCAUGGAGAAAGGAGAAGGGGAAAAUCAAACAUCUGUCACAGAAUUCAUCCUGCUGGGAUUUGAGAACCUCCCUGAACUACGCAUUCUUUUCUUCCUUCUAUUUCUAGUGAUCUAUGUAGUCACCAUGGCUGCGAACAUGCUCAUUGUGGCACUAGUCUUGGCUGAUCAGCACCUGCACACACCCAUGUACUUCUUCCUGGGGAACUUGUCCUGCUUGGAGAUCUGCUACACCUCCACCAUACUGCCCAGGCUGCUGGCCAGUCUCUUGACUGCAGUCAUUAAGCUCUCCUGCAGCAACACCAGUCUGGUUACCCUGGUGACCCUCAUAUUUUCAUCAAUAGACACUGUCCCCCCAUUUCUUUUAACUCUGACAUCUUAUGCUUAUAUCAUCUCCACCAUCCUGAGAAUCCCUUCUACUACUGGGAGGCAAAAGGCCUUUUCCACUUGCUCCUCUCACCUUAUUGUGGUUACAAUUUUCUAUAUGACCCUAAUUACUGUGUACAUGUUACCAAACACCGGUGCACUCAGAGCCCCAAACAAAGUGUUUUCUGUCCUUUACACUGUCUUGACACCCCUGAUCAAUCCCCUCAUCUACAGCCUGAGAAACAAGGAGGUCAAGGAGGCGCUGAGGAGAGCUCUCCAGAAACGUAGGCUUUAG